UUUUGCUUCGCUUCUUCGUUUUCCAAAAUCUCUCUCUCUCUCACAUUCAUUGCUUUUAAAUUAAAACUCCCCAAAAACUGAAACUGUUACUACUUCUCUCCUUCCUUCUCUAAAAACCUAAAAAAAAAACCCCAACACACACACAUGGAUUCUCAGGACCACUGCAGCAACUCUCCAGGAGGAGGUAAGAACCAUGUCUGUACUAAAUGUGGUUGGAGUUAUUCAAAUCCACAUCCUAGUGCUAAAAACCGUCGUGCUCACAAGAAAAUCUGUGGAACCAUCAAAGGAUUUGAGAUCUUUGACUCUGAAAUGAAGAAAGAGAAUCUUGAUUUGCCGGAAGAACACUCUUUGGAUGAUGAGCAAAAACCACCAACCCCAAGUCCAACAGUUGUCGAAAAAUCUGCUCCAACAGUUGUCGAAAAAGCUGCUAAUGAGAGAAUUGGGGAUGUUUCUGAAGAGGAUGUGUUUACUGAUGCUGUUUGUGAGUUUUCGAGAUCUGAUUCUUUCAAGGAAGAGACAGCUACAAACUUCCCGGCAAAGGGUACUGAGAAUCCCGGUGAAACUCAGCAGUGCAACAAUUCAUCUACGGCCUGUGAGAUGAAAAGUUCUGAAGUGGUUCAAGACAGCUGUGAAGUUCCACCUGUGGAAGUUGAAUCAGCUUCAGAGAAUCGACAAGGUGCACAGCAUUCUACUGAAGGACACUCUAUGUCAUCUGAAACUGUGAUUGAGUCAUCACAGGAAGCUCAGGUCAUUGACGGUGGUGAUACCAUAUCAAAUGAUAGAUUAGAGACAGAAUGCAAAGGGAAGUUAACGAAAGAAUCUCAAUCUAAGUUAGCAUCUGCAUUAGGAAAGAGAGAGGAUACUUCAGAUUCAUCGUGGAACGAUGAAGUGAUUUACUCAGAUGUGGAGGGUCCCUAUGGUUUUUCAUCAGAAGCAACUAGUAUGACUCAUCCUGAUGAAGCUAGCUGUAUAGUCAGUGAGGAUGUUCCAGUCCAUACUUCUCCAGUAAAAGCUGAUGCAACUCAGGUUAUCAGUGCCAGUAAAUCUGUUCCUGAUGAUAUGCCUUUUGUUGAGAAUGCUGAUGUCUAUUUGCAUGGAAUCAAAGGCUUUGAAGAAUUUGAAGUGAGUCAUUCUGUGAAUCCUUUUCUUCCUGAGACAUCUAAGGGAGAAGAAUGUGAAAUAGAUACACUUACUGAGGCAGAGAAUUUAGGAAUUAAGCCUGAAGGCUUAAGUAUUGGCUCAGAGGUUUCUUCAUCAGACAAGCUUCUCGCUGGAGACAAAACUGAACCUCAAGGCCAAACCGAUUUGGUUGCGGUCAAGGAAUUUCCCAGUGCAGAGAACAUACUGAUAUCUAAGAUUAACUCUGAAGAUAUCGGAAUGAAAGCUGAAGAGGGUAAAUCAUCAUUAGGGAAUGCACAAACUGUUGAAUCAGAAACCUUGAGAGUUUCUCUACCUGCUGUAGAUUCUGUAGUUGUUGACUCAAAUGCUGAUAUGAGCAGUGCAGCGAACAAAACUGGUUUAGUUGAUCUCGCUGGUAAUGAAAGUGAACUUAUGCAAGCAAAUGUUGUAGCUGAGAAGGGGAACAAACCAAAAGACACUUUGAGUUCUGAAUCCUCUUGUUAUGCUUCUCCUGUGUCUGUUGUAUUUGAGGGAUCUGAUGCAAGUGAUCAGAUCAAAAGUUCAACAGAAACAUCCAAAGACUCCGCCCUCCAAAUCAGCGCUGAAAGUAAAGAUGAAGUUUGCAGAGAGAGUAACAACGGAAGGCUUGUGGAGGAAAGCAGUUUCAUAAACGAACCAAAUAAAACGGAAUAUCCUAUAAGCCAUUUUGGAUCAACAGGCACUGCACCUGACACUGUUAAUACAGCUAAUCAGACGUCACUGGAAAUCGGAAGGACAGAAUUCAAUAGAGUUGUUGGUGGCUUGGGGGUAAUUCAAGCAAAUGAGGUCGACGGUAAUGUCAAAGCACACAACAAUUAUGCUGAGGUCCCAGUGACAAUAGAAUCAAACGAUCAUCGAGAUUUUGGGAGAUUGCAGAAUCUUUCAGAAGCUCACAUUAGAUCUCUGGUUUCUAGUCCGCUAGUCACUAGAAAUAAUACAUCUAAUGCUUCUGAAUCUAACUUGGGACCAGUUUCAGGUCUAAGCGCUGGAGUUAACAAACAGGAAGACGCAUCUCAGAACCAAGAGAUCACCUUGGAGAAGACAACAAGCUGGGGCACAGCAAAGGAGCAACACGUCCCUCUAAAGAACCUUCUGAGUGAAGCAAGAUCACCAAGGCUACAACAACAAGCAAAGGAUCACGAGAGUAACAACAUACCGAGAGUGAGUUCGAUACUGGGACAGGAGACAUCCCCUGAAGAUGGUCACUGGCCAGAGAAAAGAGAAGUGAGCGAGGAAUGGAAUUCACCAGCAAAGUAUCCAGUGGACUUAAAGAGAGAGGAGAAGAAAGUGAAAGGAAGACCCUUUUGGGUGCCAUUUGUUUGCUGCUCCAAUGUUAAAUAGACCACCACUCUAUUGUAUAAUGUGUAGGAGAUGAUGAAUGGUUUCUGAAGACUUGCUAGUACAAAGACGUGUUAGUAGUUUGGUUCUUGUAGGCGCUACUGUUGCUUAGGCUUUGAAUACUUUUAUGCAGACCACUUUUGAAUUUGACUUUUUUCAAUUUCUGUUUGCGUUUGAAUGCCUAGUUUGUUGAAUGAG